UGUACAUUUUCUCGUCACAAUAGGUCGCAAUGUGGUCAGCAUCUUUGACCGCAUUGGUUAUAAGUGUUUGGAGACCAAACGAGUGCAGCAUGAGAUGCUGGCUAGUCCUUCGGGAGGCGAGGUUUCCACAGUCAAUCUGAACGCUCUUAUGAGCAAGCAAGCCGAGAAAAGGAGCAAAUGCUGUUGAGUAUGGGAUAAAAUCGCAUUCACCUGGGGUUGAUGCAUGUCUUCAUAUAUAUAUAUUUAUAUAUAUUGCGAUGGCGACUGGCGACUGGCUACUGGCGGUCGUAAACCGUCGUUUCCAUGGUUGCAGGUCCUCGGCACUUAGAAACUAGUCUGGUCAGAAACCACUUCUGUGAUAGCACUACUACGACGCCCAGCCGCGCCUCUCCUAGUUUUCCCAGUGGUCUCCACAGUACACAUGACUUCUAAGUUCUAGCUGCUAUCUCGACGAGGCUUGGGUAUGUUCUGGUGAGAGGCUUCGCAGAAAUGUGGUUCAGCUGGAAUUGGCCAAUGAGAUCGCUUUGUAGGGUGCGGCACAAGUUUGCGGAAGGGUUCAGGGUUUUCGGGGGCAGGAUUUUAGACAUGUGACUUGUGAAGUGUCUGGCAAGACCCGCUGGAGGCAGGAAGUAUAAAAUCAUAAAUUCGUCGCCGGAGGAGGGGAAUUAAUAUUUUCCUGCUCCGUCUGCUACAGGGUCAUGCUUCCAGCGCCCUAGAGAGGUACAGCUUCCGUUGACUAUGCAAAUAGAUACCGAUGAGAAUGUAAUUAGAUCAACGUGGUACCGAACUGUUACAGUUGGCGUGGGAGUGAGUGUAACACUGUCAGACGGUUAACGCCCGUACCACUCAUCAACCUUCCUGUAUCAGUGGCUUCAGUGCGUAUAAUGCUUUGUAAGCUGUUAUAGCACUUUGAAUUAAAUACGCGAGCUCUUACUAUUUAGUAACUGCCUCUUGCUUACACGAACUUGUAAAGGUUUUAGAGAAACUGUCUUUGAGAAAAACACAGGUAGGGCUUCUACACUGAUAUAUUCAAGUAUAGUUGGCUACAAUUCUGCUGCGGCGUGUCCUUACCUCGGCCUUUCCAUAGAUUACAUAGCACAGUAGC